AAGAGCACGUAAUAAUGGAUAAUAGCGCUUGUUCUUCAUCGGUGGUUAACAAUUCCAACGAGGAAAAUAGGAAUAAGAAGAAGAAAUCCGGCGGAAAGGUGGUGAAGCUGUCGACGGACCCGCAGAGCGUGGCGGCGAGGGAGCGGCGCCACCGCAUCAGCGACCGGUUCAAGAUCCUGCAGAGCCUCGUGCCUGGCGGCUCCAAGAUGGACACGGUGUCCAUGCUUGACGAAGCCAUUCACUACGUCAAGUUCCUCAAAACCCAAAUAUGGCUCCACCAAACCAUGAUCAACUUCGCCGCCGCCGACGACCCAAGCUACUGUUAUCCCGCCGCCGCCGCCGCCUGCGGCGGCGGCGGCGAUGAUGUUCUUGCGGGUGACUAUAAUGUGCAGUCCUCACAGGGAAACUACGGAGUGGGUCCCGGAAACUACACAAUAAUGGCUGGACAGGGAGGGGCCGCCGGCGGCGGAGACGGUGGCGCGGGGGAAAGCAUGGCGGCGGUAGACGAUGCAUUUAGUGUGUACUACUAGCUAGAUUGUGUAGUAGGGAAUCCAUUAAUACGUAGAAUGGAGUAAUAUAAUAUAUAUAUUAGCUAGCUAGUAUAGGUAGUAGCUUAGGUAGGUUCCGAUGAGAAAGAUCCUAGUUACAUUGCAGCUAGCUAGGAAUGGGAAGUAUUUAGUAAAUGUAGUGUUUCUCGUUUUCGUCUUUGUCUUGUCUCUACCUCUGUUCUGUGGUGGUGUUUGCUGAAUUGCUGUAAUAUAUUAUGAUGUGAGUAACUGAGUAUUGGUUAAUGUUAUACUUUAUAACGGGAGUGGAGUAUUGGCAUUUUUUGUUUGAA